CUGUCCCCAAGAGGCGGGAGAGCGCGCGCCGCGUGGCCUUGUUUGGGGGCGGGGCCACGCGCCCACCUGCGUGGUGCGUGCGUGGAGCGGGGUGCGGCGCGCGGUCCCGGGGUCCCGGAGGGGAGUGCGCAGGCGCGGGGUCCCUGCGCGGCGCUCACGGUGGUCGCCGCUGGGGUCGGAGCCCGAGAAGACCGAGGUUCCAGCCAUCCUUACCUCAGGAAGACAUAGCUUUGUGCCUUUCAAAGCCCUUUCCCAUCUAUCAUCAGGGACUCAGAAGAUGAGCCAAGUUUAUAGCCCUGCCUUGAUGUGCACUGGAUAAGAAUUCUAACCUCAGCUGUUUUAGUGGGUCUCAGUCUUCAUUGGUUUCCUGGAUGCUUGGUAUAUGGUGGAUCCUUGAACAAUGUGAAAACUGCAGCAUGAAAGCUUUACAACUUCCUGGAACAAUCCAUUUUACUUAAGUAAUUGGAAGGGGAAAGCCAAGUGAUCUGCUUAUCUGCCCUGCCUUACCAGCUCUCUGACCCUCUCUGAGUGUGGACCCUCAAGCGGGAAGAAAGGAUGCCUGCUGCACGGGGAAAAUCCAAAUCCAAGGCACCUAUAACAUUUGGGGACUUAGCCAUCUACUUCUCCCAGGAGGAGUGGGAAUGGCUGAGCCCCAUUCAGAAGGAUUUGUAUGAAGAUGUCAUGUUGGAGAACUACCGGAACCUGGUUUCACUUGGUCUUUCCUUUCGGAGACCAAAUGUGAUCACGUUAUUGGAGAAAGGGAAAGCGCCCUGGAUGGUAGAGCCAGCAAGAAGACGCCGGGGUCCUGACUCGGGGUCUAAGGGUGACACCAAGAAGUUACCUCCAAAUCAAUGCUACAAAUCUGGGCAAAGCAUCUGCCAGAAACCAGUUUCUGCACAACAAAAAGCUGCUACACGAAAGAGUGGCUGCAAUCAAAAUUUAGUCCUAAUAAAACCUAAGAAAGGGCAUUCAGGGAAGAAACCUUUAAAAUGUAAUGACUGUGGUAAAACCUUUAGUCGAAGCUUCUCUCUUAAACUUCAUCAGAACAUUCAUACUGGAGAGAAGCCUUUUGAAUGCAGUAAUUGUAGAAAAGCUUUUAGACAAAUCUCAUCCCUCAUACUUCAUCAGAGAAUUCACAAUGGAAAGAAAAGCCAUGAAUGCGAUAAAUGUGGGGAAAGCUUCAAUCAAAGAACAACUUUUAUUCUACAUAGGAGAAUUCAUGAUGGAAAGGAAACUCUUGACUGUGGGAAGGCCUUGAGUCAAUGUCAGUCUUUCAGUACACAUCAGAAAACUCACAUAGUUGGGAAUGUCUGCCAGUGCAGAAAGUGUGGGAAAGCCUUCAGUCAUAUGUCAUCCCUUUUACUUCAUAAGAGAAUUCAUAAUGGAAAGAAAACACGUAAAUAUAAUAAAUGUGGGAGAGGCUUCAAAAAGAAACCGGUCUUUGUUAUACAUAAAAGAAUUUAUGAUGGAGAGAAAACCCCUGAAAGUGUGAAGGCCUUAAGUCAGAGUCUACAGCAAAGAAGUCACCAUUUAGAGAAUCCUUAUAAAUGCAGAAAAUGUGGGAAAUUCUUUAAUAGGAUUUCACCCCUUAUGCUUCACCAGAGAAUUCACACUUCAGAGAAACCGUACAAAUGUAAUAAAUGUGACAAGCUCUUCAGGCGGCUUUCAACCCUUAUUCUGCAUCUCAGAAUUCAUAAUGGAGAAAAACUAUACAAAUGCAAUAAAUGUGAGAAGGUCUGCAAUCGGCAUUCAUCCUUUGUUCAACAUCAGAAAGUUCAUACAAGGAAAAAGAAACUAUUUGAGUGUAAGGAAUGUGGAAAGAUGUUUUCUGGAACUGCAAACCUUAAAAUACAUCAGAACAUUCAUUCUGAAGAGAAGCCUUUCAAAUGCCAUAAAUGUAGUAAAGUUUUUGGCCGCCAGUCAUUUCUUAUUGAACAUCAAAGAAUUCAUACUGGAGAAAAACCCUACCAGUGCGAGGAAUGUGGAAAAGCCUUCAGUCACCGAAUAUCUCUCACUCGACAUAAGAGAAUUCACACUGAAGACAGACCCUAUGAAUGUGAUCAGUGUGGGAAGGCCUUCAGCCAGAGUGCACACCUUGCCCAACAUGAAAGAAUUCACACUGGAGAGAAGCCAUAUACAUGCAAAACAUGUGGUAAAGCCUUUAGUCAGCGCACAUCUCUUAUUCUACAUGAAAGAAGUCAUACUGGAGAGAAACCCUAUGAAUGUAAUGAAUGUGGGAAGGCAUUUAGUAGUGGGUCAGACCUUAUUCGACACCAGAGAAGUCAUUCUUCAGAGAAGCCGUAUGAAUGUAGUAAAUGUGGGAAGGCAUAUAGUCGGAGUUCAUCCCUGAUUCGACAUCAGAAUACACAUUCUGAAGGAAAAGCCUAAAGGUGUUUUAAAUCUAUCAAAGAUAUGGCAAAUACAUCUUUGUCUAUAAUGUAAAUUUUAUGUAUAUGGGACCUUUUGAUGAUGUGUCCCACUUUGAAAGCCAAAGAGCAAAAGUCAUUGAUGAUUUUGACCUCAGGAUUUGAAAUUAAACUCAGAAGUUUGGUCAGUCAUUGUGAAUGAAGAUCAUUUUUCUUUUGAUAAGAAUUACUGGCCGGGUGUGGUGGCUCACACCUGUAACCCAGCACUUUGCAAAGCUGAGGUGGGAGGAUCAUAAGGUCAGGAGUUCGAGACCAGUCUGGCCAACUUUUGAAACCCCAUCUCUACUAAAAAAUACAAAAAUUAGCUGGGUGCAGUGGUGUGCACCUAUAAUUCCAGCUACUAGACAGGCUGGGGUAGGAGAAUUGCUUGAAUCCAGGAGGUGGAGGUUGCAGGCUGAGAUUGCACCACUGCACUCCAGCCUAGGAAACAGAGCAAGACUCUGUGUCAUAAAUAUCAAAUGAUUACUGAUAUUUUACUUCCAACAUAGUUUUAAAGAUAAUUCAUUGGUCACAUACAACAAAGUAGAAUUGUGAAGUCCAUUAUGGGGCUUUGAACCUAAUUUAUGGUCACAGAAAAAAGAAUUUGAGUCUGUUUCUCAGAUCUAGAACUAUCAAAUAUAAGGAACUUCUUGACAAAACAGGGUGCCACUUUCAGCUGACACACUUAUGGGUGAGGUAAAAGUGACUCUUUAGGUAGAAAAAGGUAUCACUCAUAAUGGUGUAUAGCAGUAGAAACCUUACUGUACCAUCUCCAUGGUCAUGAGGAUAUAUGAUCUUCAUGGUUUGAACAUCUAAUAUGGCUGAGGCAAGCCAACAGUAAAAGAACCAAGAUACAGUGAAGAUUUUAGGCGUGGUGGCUCCCGCCUAUAAUCCCAGCACUUUGGGAAG